UAAAUCGAAAUUCCAAAGGGCUAGCUGAUUAUUUUUUCUUGUUUAGCAUCUAAUUUCUAUCCACGCAAAACUGUUGACCUGCAGCUGCUGCCUGCUGGAUUAAAAUUCCGCGGCCAACCAACAGUAGACCCAAAAGAAUGAUAACUUAGGUCACAUAUUUUUGCAUACAUCCUUCCAAUCUACAGAUACAUUCAGACCAGACCUUCAAAACCCGUAACUCACUUUUGUGUCCCGACCCUAUUAUCAAAAUAAAACCAGACAGAAGAAACUCAACAUGGAUUCUGUUACCUUCAAGGGCUAUGACAAAGUAAGCCAACUUGAAAAUCAAAACCUUCACCAAAGAAUCGCCCAAAGACCUGUCUCAACCGCCAUCUCCAUCUCUGCUAUCCUCGUCUUCACUUUGGUCAGCGGUUUAACGCUUGCUGCGUUGAUGCUGGAACCCAUCAAAGAACCUACAGACACGGAUUCGUCUUCUCUUUCUUCUAAUUCGGCUGAGUCAAUCAGGAUCAUCUGCAACGUGACUCGGUACCCUGAGUCCUGUUUCACGGCUCUAUCUUCUCUCAACGCCUCUACAAAACCUGACCCAGAAGCCAUCCUUAAGCUCUCUCUCCAAGUGGCAAUCACCCAUCUUUCAAACCUCUCUUCAUCACUCAAGUCCCUCAACGAUCUCCACUCUCAACCUGCUCUAAAAGAUUGCAUGACCCUAUUUGAUGACGCGCUGAGUAGACUCAAUGACUCAGUGUCCGCAAUGAAAGUGGGUUCUGGGAAGGAGCUUGUGUUGACUAAGGAGAAAAUUAAUGAUAUCCAGACUUGGAUUAGUGCUGCAAUGUCUGAUCAGGAAACGUGUCUUGAUGGGUUGGAAGAGAUGGGAUCGAUGGUUCCUGAUAAAGUCAAAUCUCAAGUUCAAAGCUGUCAAGAGUCUAUCAGUAAUAGUUUGGCUAUUGUUGCUAAUAUGCAAAAUCUUCUACAGAAGUUUGGUCUCACCAUGCACUGAAAUUUUUUUGGGGUUUUUUUUCUUCUUUUGCUUUAAAUUUCUUGUCUUCAUAUGUGGGAUUAUUGUUUUGCAUUUGUAAGGUGAUGCAAAUAUAAUUGUGUAAAAUUUACAGUUAAAAUGAUUUUCUGAUACCCCAAAUCGUGUCCUGAAGUUUAAUUCUAUUUGUUGAUGAUAUUUAUUGAAAAUGUUAGGGAUUCUGUAGCCUGUAAUCACUCUUCUUAAUGGAGAAUUUUGUCUCAAAUUUACAUAAGAUAUUGCCUGAAGAGAAACUGGAAUUGGCUUUUGAAAAUCUCCUGCUACCGAUUGACAAAAAUUCUUUCUUUGGUUUGCUCUUCCGGACAGAUUGCCUUAUAGUGCUGAAGAUAUGCCCUGAAUAUUUUGAGGGAUAGUAUUCUAGCCCAGACUGUGUGGUCUUUGCUUCGUGCUUAUCUAGUACCACAACUCUCUGGAGUCAAUGACAGCUUUGCUUGGCUUGAAUCAAAUUGUAUUUGCACUUUCUGAUCUUCUUGGAAUAUGAUUUUCAUUUGCUGUUGCUAGUACCUUCGAAAAGCCAGAUUCCUGAAGGAAAAUAACUUGAUUAUAUAAGCAUUCUGAACACCGUUUUUUUAAAUUUUUAUCUUGCUGGAAAUCUGGAAAAGGAUAGUCUUACUACAAAUUUGCUAAAACUCCUGUUACCCUUCAGGUCUUUUAGAAAAAUGUACCCAAAGCGAUGGGCUAAAUUGAAAUCAGCUAUCUUUCUUCAAGCAGUCCAGGGCUUGCAUGUUCUAAAGGAGUAAUGAGAGAUGAUAAGAUUAUAUCACAUGUACAGGCAGAGCUAUGGCCGAUGGGGUUAAGUAAUGAACUUUUAUAUAAGCCGAAAUCUCUGCAUAACUUUACUGGAAGUGAAUGCAAUUAAUUGCAGCUAUAGGAUUAGUUAAAAAUUCCAAGUGAAUUAUCCGUCCCCAAAAUGAAAAUGCUAGUGUGGAUUGAGGAUAAUGGCCCCAGUAAAACUCUUAUUUAUCGAUGCUUAAUGUUUCAAUUCCAUAGCACAAAAAUUAGCCACUGCAUUAUAGAAGAAACAAGGCGAGCUGAUCUUCUAGCCGGAGCUGAAACGUCUUUGCAGUUUUAUACCCUGAAAUGGUUGGAGUUUAUUAUUCCAGGUUUGCAAACACUGUUUAAUGUCAAUUUAUCUGAUCAAGGCAGCAAAUAUGUAACUAUCCAAAGAAAUACAAAAAGCAAUCCAAUAUUGUGUGAUAAAGAUGGCAGAAAGAGGGUUCUGUUGAGAUCGGUUACUACCAUUUCUAGUAGGUAAUUCGUAGGUUUAUCAUGCAGACAAAGGUAGUUGAUCUUUGGCAAUCAUCAAUCUUGACUAGAACAAUGAUUUUAGGCUUCAGAUAAGAACUCAAAAUCACCACCCGACUAGAUGCACCUGGAAAGAGGAACCAAUCCCACCUCAGUUUCAAAUUUAAUUCGUUUGGUACUUAAAUUACACUCAGAGACCUUUACAAAUUGCCGAGCUGGAUAGCGCCAGCUUGUAACCCGGGUGGGGGCAAUAAGAUCAUGGAACAUUGGUUCGAUUCACCGAGUCGGGUCUAUAAUGGCUCUUAGAGUGGAGGGAACCGCGUGAGGCUGGAUUGACAGAGCAGCGAAAACCUCCCGCUCUUGGCAGUGGAAGGAUAACAGGCUGAUGUCACUUAGAUCCAACAUGGCUCUGUAGGUUGAUUCUAAUUGAACCAUGACCUUUUUGAAGCUUGAAUCAUAUUUUAUGGCAAA